UUACCAAACUCUUGCAGCAGUUUCUGGAAAUGAGGCUUUCCUUCCUCUGUCACCCACUGUUUUCUACACUUCCAGUCCUCUGUAAACCUCCUGGAAAACAUGCACGGGUGAUUGGGGAGCAGGUAUUUCUUGAAAAACUUGGAAUAGCUCAGCUCCUUGUCGAUGUAGUCCACGAAGUGUGAGGACCAGAACUGCUCGUAGGACUGUCGGGGCAUCUUGACCAGGCUGCUGCAGUUGCGGUACGCCUCCCGGUCCAUGAUGGUAAACAACAGCUCGGCUAGCCUGUUAGCGAGGUUAGCUGUCACCGUCCGGACCGCGACGCACGGAAAGAUACAAAAGCGUUUCUAGCUACGUCUUUUCUCCUAUUUGCUGUUAAAUCGAUUUCAUAAUAAGGUAUAAUCGGUUUGCCUCUCUACCAAAAUGAGCCGGGACACUCCCAUCCACAGCUGGCCGGGCUCCUACUACAUCAACAGCGAGAAGCGAUGGGAAAAUGGCACCUUGUCCAUCACCAGAACCACAGUCCGCUUUGUCUCCAAUCAGACCAAGCAGAGCCUUGUCAGCUUCCGCCUCUCCCGCAUCGUGGAGAUCAAGAUGGAGUCGUCAAGUUUCAUCUACAGCACUCUCACUGUGCUGGAGGAGGACCACGUGAAGCACUGGUUUGGUUCCCUGAAGCCCAACAGGGUGGUGGUUUUUAAUGUGAUGGAACAUUUCUGGAGAGAACUCCUCCUGCAGCCGAGCUCAGGGGCCCGCGGGGCUGAGCCUCAGCCCUCUAAGGGCAGAGAGCUGAUCGGCCUGGUGUCCGGGGCCCAGAGGAGACUGGAGGACACUGGCAGAGUCCUCAGCCACCAGGGAGAGCAGUUUGAUAACAUGAUGCAGGGACUGGAGAAGAUCGACUCUGAUCUGGGCGUGGCUGACAAACUCCUGUUGGAGCUGGAGUCUCCCCCCUGGUGGCCCUUUGGUAAACUCCCCUGGAAGACUCAGCAGGAGGCCAAGGCUGAAGACGCUGCGAGAGCCGCCACGUCUGCUGCUGCUUCAGCCAGCAGGGAGUCUGGUAGAAAUAAGGUGAUCUCAAGCAUCCCAGCUGUAGUGUCCAAAGGUGGAGACUCGGACUUGAAACCAGGCUGCUUGUUGGUGCUGGUGUCUGCGUUGGAGGUGCGAGACACAAACUGCCAACUCAUCCAUCGCUUUGAACGAAAUGAAGUCGAUGAAAUCAGGGUGACGAGCCCUUACGAGAUCUCAGUGAGACAGCGGUUCAUCGGGAAGCCAGAUAUAUGCUACAGGUUCCUGUCUGCCAAGAUGCUUGAAGCCUUGUCGGUGCUCGAGAUUCAGUACAAGAAGAAGAUUGAGUUUACAAGCGAAUUCACUGCUUUCCAGGCAACUCCACUUUCAUCUCCAUGUGGCAGAGAAGGGACAAGCUAUAGUGACGGUUUGUUGCAGAUGUGCCAAGACACAGAGCUCCCACUGGAGGUCCCGGCAGGAGAGCUGUCCCAGUUGCAGGUGCAUGUCCUCCGUUCAUCUGUCAGUCAGGCUGAGGCCCAAGAGCUCAAACAGAUGCUGAUGCAGCUGAAAGCCCUCGCCCUGGAGGCAGAGACGGAGCUGGAACGGCAGGAUGAAGCUCUGGACGUCCUCAGCAGCUCCACAGACCGAGCCACCAUGCACAUAGAUAAGCACACGUGCCGUAUGAAACGACUGCUGUAGCUCUGAAAGCCCAGCUGAUGCACAAGGUCCCGACGUCCCUCCUGAGAAAUGCACUGUAAGCUUCCUCAUUGUCCUCGUGGGAUUGGUACAUUUAGAGAACAUUACAGAACAGCAGCAGGGACAAAAAUAUGCUCUAUAAUUGUACAUUAUAUCCUUAUUGCAUUUGAUGGUACAAUUGCAGGAUGCAGUAGUGUUCGCCUAAGAGUUAACAGUAAUCAACCAAAUCCCUGAGAUUUGCCCCAUAAUUAAGUCUUUAAAACACAUGUAAGCUGCUCUUUAUUUUUAUUUUGUUUUAUUUUAAGUGAAAGUAAGUUAUUUAUAGGCUUCGUGGGCUCGUACAUUUGGACGGUUUCUAUCUGCGGUCUGCCUUUUUAAAUGUGUGUCCUGCAGCACUUAGCAGCUGUGGAUCUCUUUAUUUUCCCUGGAGAGGAUGAUGUGCUCUGAAGUUGACCAGUAGUGGUUGGAGUUCCAUGAUAAGUGUCACUUGCUCACCAGAAGAGGAAGAAGUACAAUGUUCAGUAAUUGGUAAUUGUGUUUAUGGCCUGGUUCGGUGUAUUGGACCCUAUUUGUAAUGUCCAGUGAGGGAUCAUGACAGGACAAGCCUGAAUCCUCAGUGUCUGUCAUGCUCCCCCAGUGGAGCUGGCAAGUGAACAAAAAUAAAGCUGAUGACUGUGUGUAUCAGACACAGAACACUUUACACCCUCCCCAGACCCAGUGGGAGUAAUCAAUGACAGCAAAUACAGGAAAGGAAAAAAUUGACAUUGGAAGGCAAAGAUGAAAAUGUAUUCUCUCUGCACAGAGGAAUUCAAAAGAAAUUGCAUGUUUAUGUAACUAUAAGAAAAACAGAAGAGAAACUGAAACAUGAUGAAAUAGGAUUUUUUAUUAAAUAAAAUGACAAAUAAUAAUCGAACAGAUAAUGUUUCCUCAUAUGAUCAGAGGCGUUUCUGCUUUUCUGUUGUAUCGCUAUCCUAACUUUUUUAAAGACGCUUUUUCUGUCUUGAUGAGUUGUCUUUCAGGUCCAAAAUCCCUGUGACUUAAUGUUGCAUGUCUGAAUGUUACUGCUUUGUUCUGCAUUAAGUGGAAAUGUCUCUUCAUUAUCAACAAGACUAUAAAUGUGCAAGUAGCUCCUGGGAUUCGUGGAAGCACAACAGAAACACUCCCUCUAAGUUUUUACAAUAUUAUUCAUGAAAAUUAAAUACACAUGUCAAUGCUAAGGUCCAUAUCUACUGUAUAUGCUAUGAUUAGAGGACUGAUACUAUUCUAAUUCCUUAUUAUCUGUAAAGAACUGACAUAUUCUAAUUCUGUAAUUUUACUGUGGUCUGUUAUCACUGUGAACUUGUAAUUAGCCCUUAGUUUAAUUGAAGUAUCUGUACCAUGUUUGAAAUAUGGUAUGGGUGCGGAUUAUGCCAAAUUAAUCUUGACACUGUAACAUAACAAAAUUAUUGACUAAAAGGGAAAAAAUACAUCUGCAUCUUUUUUAUAACAAAUAAAAUACUAAAGGUAGCAGCACAAUAGACUGUAAGUCUUUGGAAUUCAUUCAUUUUAUCAGAUAAGAAGUUGUCACCAUUAAAAGUCUGUAAUAACAAACAAUUUAAAAUAAAAUAAAGUCUCAAAUGA